AUGACAGUCACCAGCAUACCCCACCUCCCCGAUUUUAAACUCCUCCCGUAUAAACUGCCCCAAACCACCACAGGAACCCCGCCUUCUUCGGAUUCGGAUUCAAAUUCGAAUUCGUCUACACCGCCAAUCAAAAUCCUCAGAACCUCAUCAUGGACUUACUGCGGUCCCCUCCUCGACUUCCCCGUCUCGAAGGAUGGUGAAGCUGACGAUAGUUCCUUACCACCUUCAUACCAUACCUGGCACCGCGCAACCAUCCGCGGCGAACCAUUGAUAAACCUCCUAAAACCAUUCCUCCUCUUCGCGCACGAGUUUAUAAAAUCCAAUGGUUUGAAGCACUACUGGAUCACCAUCCGCGCUUCGCUGCCUACAAACGACUUUAAUACCCCAAGAUGGCAUGUCGACGACGAUUUCUUCGAUCGCGGUAGCGCAGCAAAUUUAAAUAAUAGUAAUAGUAAUCACCACGUACCGCAUACGACGACCUCGUAUAAUUAUAAUAACAGCAACAGUAACCCCAAGAUAAACCGCACGCAAUGGAAACUAGCGACUACACUAUUAGGACCCGGCACGAUGUUCGCAACCAACACGACUUCCGCCCGACAAACCCUCAAAGCCGUAAAACAAGCGGUUAAAACUUCCUCGCCGUCGCAUACUUGCACGUCGGUCAUUUGCCUCGGUUGUGCUAAUUUAGCCGAGUGUGUUCGAAAGGCUUUGGCGGAUGAGUUGAAGCACGUGGAAGUCGUGCAGUCGAAGGAUGGGGAGUGCUGUUUUUUCAAGGUCGGGGAUGGGAUUGGAGCGGUUCAUUCGGAGCCUAGGAUGGAUGGUGGGGAAAGAGUUUUUGUGAACAUUGUCCCUGGGAGGGAAGAGGAGUUGAGGGAAGUCAUGGGGAAGUGGGGGAUGGAGGAGUGGCCGAGGGCUUGGUGUUUGGGAGUACCUGGAGGCUUUUGGGAGGAAGAAGGGUAA